CGACCUAACGCGAACUUCUUUUAAUGUAACGAUGGGAAGUCUUUCUUUCACGACAUUGGACUAUACUUCCGCACUUCAUUCCUAGGACCCAAUGCUUCGUCCAACGGCUAUUAAGUUUAAAAUUUCAAUGUCCCUAUGCCCGCAUGCUUGGACGAGUACUCCCUCUCCAAGUCCCUCAAGGCCGCGGCCGCCCUCCGCUCCCAAACCCACCUCAAAGCCCUCCACGCCCCCAUUAUCAAGCUCGGCUUCUCCCGCUUCACCAUCGUCAUGACCGGCCUCAUUGACGCCUCCCUCAAGUGCGGCCUUUUGGCCGACGCCCGGACCCUGUUUGACGAUUUGCCCCACCGAGACGUCGUCGCAUGGACCUCCAUGAUUGUUGGCCACGCCCGCCAUCGCCGGUUCCACGAAUCCCUCUCUUUUUUCCGCAGCAUGCUUGCCACUGGCACUGCCCCCAAUGGGCACUCCUUCUCUGGGGCUCUUACUGCAUGCUCAGGCCUUGGCACCCUCAGUUAUGGCAGACAAAUCCACGCUCAGGUGCUUAAGAAAAGCAUCUUUGAACUCAUAGUGCAGAAUGGCUUGCUUGACAUGUACUGCCGGUGCCGUUGUCUCCCCGCUGCUCAGAGACUAUUUGAUUCCAUGAGGGUGAAAGACAUUGUAUCUCGGAAUGCUAUGAUGUCAGGAUGUCUUUAUUGUGAACGAGCUGAAGAAGCUUUGAAGCUCUUAGCAGUCAUGAUUUCAUGUGGAGCAAGGCCUGAUGACUUCUCUUAUGCUAUCUGUGUCGAUGCAUGUGCCACUUUGGCCUCGAUGCAGCAGGGGAUUCAGAUCCAUGCAUGCAUUGUAAAAGGUGGGUUUGAUUCCGAUUUGGUUGUUGGGAAUGCAUUGGUGGAUAUGUAUGCCAAGUGUGGAUGUAUCAGUUCAUCUAAGCUUAUUUUUGAAACAAUGCAUACAAGAGACCCAGUUCUUUGGACAACCAUGAUUUCAGCUUUUGGGAAGUAUGGGUGUGUCGAAGAUGCAAUUUCAAUGUUUGAAAGGAUGGAAGAGUUGAACAUAAAGCGCGAUGAGGUCACCUAUCUUGCUGUUCUUUCAUCUUGCAGCCAUGGAGGGCUGGUGAGUGAAGGUUGGCACUAUUUCAGAUUCUUGUUGGAGGAAAAGGGUGAAUCUUUUGUGAAGCCUGAGCAUUAUGGAUGCAUGGCCAAUCUCUUAUGCAGGACAGGUUACUUGGAGGAGGCUCUUGAAUUCAUUGAAAGUAUGCCUUUGAAACCAAGCAUUGCCAUUUGGAGUGCAUUCCUUAAUUCGUGUCGAAUGUAUGGGAACACUGAGCUUGGUCAGCUUGCUGCUUCCCGUCUAAUUGAGCUGGAUCCGGAGAAUGACAGCAACUGGGUUGUUCUCUCGAGCAUACAUGCAGCAGAGAGUGAGUGGAACGAGACAUGGAAGAUCAGAGAGUGCAUGAAGGGUGAGAACAUAAAGAAGGAGCCAGGAUGUAGUUGGGUUGAGGUGAAUGAUGGUGUCUAUGUCUUCCUUACUGCAGAUAGGUUGCACCCUGAGGUGGCUGAGAUCCUCCAGACUCUUGAUGUGCUAAGGAAGGAUAUGGUGGUUAUGCCCGUUUGAAGAUAACUCGGAGCAUGAAGAAUUAUGAUGGUUGAAUCACGGACAUGGUCGUUCGCAGGAGCUAUCAAUUAAGCAAUUCAUUCAUGUCAAUAUUGAUCGAGAUAGAUGUUGUAAAAGAUAUAUUCACAAUGGUAAAUUAAACAUCUUCUUCUCUUGCAUGGAUGAGUUCCUAAUAAAUGGAUAUAGAUGCAAGCUAGCUUUGGAGACAAAGACAUGCUUCGCUCAUUAUUGCAAUGCAUUCUAUUG